UAAAAUUGUCAAAAACAAAAAAGUUUAUAAAAGAAACGUUUUGAUUAUUUUCAAGCGCAAUUAUCUUUUUUCAAAAUAUUAUAAUUGUAAUAAAUUUUAAAUUAAAAAAUCGUAUAUUGUGUUGUUUAAACUAUGACUACUGCUGCUAGACCAACUUUUGAUCCAGCUCGUGGAGGAACUGGACGUGGUGAAAAGGAUUUAAGUGCUCUUAGUAAACAAUAUUCAAGUAGAGAUUUACCAGGACACACCAAGCUUAAAUACAGACAAGAAGGACAAGGAACAAAUGAUGAACUUCGCAGCCGUGAUUUCCGUAAAGAAUUAGAUGAUCGUGAACGAGAAGCAAGAUCAAAAAAUAUUCCUGCAACAGUUCGUAAAGCUAUUGAAGCAAAUUCAUCUUCUACAGCUUCAGCACCUAAAAGGCCAAAAUUAGAUUCUGUACCACCAGCUAAUUUGGAUGCUGAUGAUCCAGUUGAUAACGAUAGCUCAGAGGAAGAAGAUUCUGAUGAUGAUACUGCUGCUUUAUUAGCUGAGUUGAAUAAAAUUAAACAAGAGAGGGCUCAAGAAGAAUCAAAAAAAGAAAAGGAAAGAAAGGAACAAGAAGAAAAAAUUAGAAUGGAAAAUAUAUUACAGGGAAAUCCACUAUUGAAUUAUUCAUCUGGUGCUAAAUCUGGAGAUUUGAAAGUGAAAAGACGUUGGGACGAUGACGUCGUAUUCAAGAACUGCGCUCGAAAUGAACCGGACAAAAAAUCACACUUCAUAAAUGACUCACUUAGAUCAGAAUUUCACAAAAAGUUUAUGGAAAAGUAUAUUAAAUGAAUUGUGAAUGUAAUUUUAUCUAGAAUUCAAAAAUUUUCCCAACUCUAUUAAGAUAAUGUGCGUGAAUGUAGGAUAUGAAAAUGUAAUAAAUGAAGUUCUCAAUAAAAACUCUUUCUAAACAUAAAUUAUUACUUGAAAAAUUUAUAACGAAAGAUUUGAAAAGCUUGAUUAAAUAUGAUGAUCUGUAAAAAAUUUUCUAACUUUUCGGCUUGGCAGAAUAACAAUUAAAUUCUUAUACGUUAUAGAAACCCGGAAGCACUUUUUAUGAUAGUAACUCACUGUAUAAGCCUUUAAAGUUUAUAAAGUUUUAUUUCUGUUAUUAAAAAAAAUGGGUUCGUUAAUUAGAAUUAUCAAUUUC